AUGCACUAUUUUAAGGUGACGAACAUCAGUGAAAUUCUGGGCAAAUACAAGGAUGUGUUCAAUGAUGAUGCAGGAACUGUAAAAGGUAUCACAGCCAAAUUGUCGCUCAAAGAAAACAAACCAAAGUACAUCAAAGCUAGGACUGUACCAUUUUCAUUACGAGCGAAAGUUGGGGAAGAACUCGAUAGGUUAGAAGCAGAAGGAACUUUUACGAAAGUUCAACACAGUGAGUGGGCAACCCCAAUCAUACCCGUAUUGAAGAAAAACGGAAGUGUUAGAAUCUGCGGUGAUUUCAGAGUGACAUUGAACCCAAUACUUAUUGUCGACCAGUACCCGCUACCAAAGAUUGACGACAUAUUCGCCAAUAUGAAUGGAGGAUCACAUUUCUCUAAGAUAGACUUGAAGCAAGCAUACCUACAACUUCCAAUGGACGAAGGAUGCAAAGAGCUAUUGACCAUCAACAAGCACGGUGGAUUAAAUCGCUAUAACCGGAUAACUUUCGGAAUUGCAUUCGCACCAGUAAUCUGGCAACAAACAAUUGAGCAGAUUCUGUUGGGGGUUCCUGGAACGCUAUGUAUCCUGGACGACAUGGUGAUCACAGGAAAAACUGACGAAGAGCAUCUACAAAACGUAGAAAGGGUAUUGCAGAGACUUAGUGAAUAUGGUUUACGUGCGAACUUAAAGAAGCAUGAAUUCUUUAAAGAGAACAUCACAUUCUGUGGACACACAAUUGCUAUACAUGGUCUACACAAGACACCAGAGAAGAUCGAUGUUAUUGUUAAGGCACCGUCGCCCUCAAACGUGUCACAGUUGAGAUCUUUUCUAGGAUCGGUGAAUUAUUAUGGAAAAUCCCUACCUGAUUUGGCAACGAUACUUGGACUCUUACACAAGUUGUUGCAGAAGAACUGUCGAUGGGAAUGGACUGACCUGUGA